UCUCUCUUCUCUGGGUCAUACGAAAUUGAAGAACGCCAUAUUGGAUUGCUAUUUUAACCACAAUGUUGACAUUUUCCCUUUCAAAGAGGGCUACUUGAGACAAAAAAGAUAAUAGAUUUAUAAAAAGAAGAUUAAUUUAUUCAUUCAUUCCAAAUACUUAUAUAAUUUUUUUAAUUAUUAUGGAAUCUGUUUAUACGUCAUUCAAUGCCAAUUCCAGUGAGAAAUUGAAUAUAAAAAAACAUUUUGAAGACUAUGCGAAUUUACUAAAUUACAAAUUUAAUUGUCACGAUGGAAAUGAAGCUCCUAAUACUGUAAAUAUUCCAUUACCAUUAGAAGAAUUAGAACAAUUGGCUGAAGAUUGCAGGAUUGAUCUUUUGAAUGAUGAAGGAAUCAAAGCAUUUCAUGAUAAUCGACGAUCAAUUGUACCUAAGGAUGUUAAAAUCCCUGAAGGUGUAAAAUUGCAAACAUUGUUAGAUUUGAAGAAAAAGUAUGAAGAAUAUGAUAGUCACCUAUAUAACGCAUCUUUGAAAUAUAUAAACGAACAGAUUGUGAAUUAUCCUAAACCAAAAACAAAAGGCCCAAAAGCUAAACCUGGGGAAGAUAUACUGAUAUUCAUCCGAGUUUACAAACCAUUUUCAGCUAAGUCAGAAGAUAGUCGCUCAAGACAUACAAAAAUACGUUUAGCUCAUGUAAUAGCUAUGUUAGGUCGUCAAACAUUAGCUGAACUUCGUGAUAAAAUUCAAUGUCUUUCAGACUUAUCAGUAACAAAAGAGAGUAGUGAACAUCCAAAUACUAUUGUUGAAGUGACUAACAAAGACAUCUAUAAAUCUGGUUUUUUCUAUAUUGAAAAUACUUUUUAUAAUGAUAUGAGAGAUCCAAAGAAUAAAGACAAUAGUCUUCCCAUCCGAGAAUGGGCAAAAACACGUAAUUUAGGUCCUUUUUACAUAGCAAAAAUGGAAGAAACUCGCGUAGAUUCGUUAACCGUAAGGUUUGGAUAUCCUUGGGUCUAUCAACAUCAGGGUAACUGUGAGCACUUGAUAGUUAUCAGCGAUGCAAGAUUGGUAGCAUCUGAUGAUGACUUGGCAAUAUCUAACUAUCCAAGAAUACAUCGAUCAAAACCUGUUAAAGUUCCUUCAUGUAAUAUGUGUCUGGAAAGAUCAGCACAGUGGAUAGUAUAUGAUAAUCCUAGAAUACCUCAUGAUCCGUCUUAUCAUUGCCGUAAGUGCUUUUUACGGUUUAAUUAUUUAAAGGGGAAGAAGAUAGGAAAUUUCAAAGCAUAUCGCUACCCAUACGAUCCAAAGCUAAUGAAAUUAGCUAAUGUAUAUGGUAGAUAAUAUAUAUGGUAAUAUAUACGGUAGAUUUUAUGUUAGUUUUAAUCAAUUGUAAUAAAUUUUUAUUGAACAUUGUAACGAA